UUACAUUGUCUAAAAAUGGCAUUUGGUUCUUGCAACAAAACCCACUGGGUUUGUUUGCAUUUGCUUCUUCUACUUGUUUUCUCUGCCAAUGCAGCUUACUGCGGCACACUAGUCAAGUCUAUUCCCGGGUUCGACGGUGAACUUCCUUUCAAGCUCUAUACUGGGUAUACGACUGUAAAUGGCUCAGAGAUGUUCUACUACUUCAUCGAGUCAGAAGGAAACCCCAAAGAAGACCCUUUGUUGCUGUGGUACAGUGGAGGCCCUGGUUGUUCUGCUUUCAAUGGUCUCAUUUACGAAAACGGUCCUUUGGCUUUCAACCUCACAGAUUAUGAAGGCGGUGUACCAAAGACAUUUUACUACCCAUACUCAUGGUCAAGGACUGCAAGCCUAUUGUUUGUGGAUGCACCUGUUGGCACUGGUUUCUCCUAUGCAACUGAUGCAUCAGAAUACGCUACUUCGGAUACUAAAUCAGCAGCACAGGUUUACGGGUUCUUAAGAACGUGGUUGAAUGAGCACCCACAAUACCUCAAGGUUCAGUUGUUCGUUGGGGCUGAUUCGUAUGCAGGCGUAUCUGCAACCAUUGUUGUUCAACAUAUAAUGGCUGGUAAUGAUGCCGGAUUUAAGCCUCGCCUGAAUCUCAAGGGCUAUAUCCUAGGGUGUCCAAAAACAGAUGCAGAUAUCAAUGAGAAUUCCAAGUACAGCUAUUCUCACCGGAUGGGACUUAUAUCAGAUGAACUCUAUUAUUCGGCUAAAAACAGCUGUAAUUCAGAUUUCUAUGGAGCAUCUGUGGAUGAACCAGAAUGUUAUGAGGAUAUGCAAUUGAUUGCAAGGCAAAUUAAAGACAUAAACAAAAACCAUAUUCUGGAGCCAAAAUGUACAUGGGCUUCACCAGUACCUGAUGGAGAUUCAGCUCGUAGAACUAUGCAGGAAUACGAAUACCCAGAGGACUUCCUCCGGUCACCUCUACAAAAUCCUGAAUUCUGUCAUAACUUUAACUAUGCGCUAUCCUACGUAUGGGCGAACGAUGAUGAUGUUCGAGCUGCACUGAAUAUCAGAAAUGGAACAGUAUUUGAUUGGAAGAGAUGCAAUAAGAGCUUGGAUUACACAUAUGAUGUGUCCAGUGUCCUUGAAUAUCAUCAAAAUCUCAGUACCAAGGGCCUGCAAGUUCUGAUAUUCAAUGGUGAUCAUGACCUGACAAUUCCGAACACCGGCACUGAAGAGUGGAUAAAAAAAUUGGACUUGACUGUUGUUAAUGACUGGAGACCAUGGCUAGUUGAUGGGCAGAUUGCAGGAUACACCAUCAAGUACUCAGAAAAUGGAUACCGCUUGACAUAUGCAACCUUAAAGGGGGCAGGUCACUCACCUCAAGAAUACAAGCGUAGAGAAGGCUAUGACAUGUUUGAUAGGUUCAUCCAUUACUAUCCCAUUUAGAAGAAGAUGCAGGGAGCAUCAAUAUGAUCGAGGAUGGUUUCUCUUUUUGGAAGAGGAUAAUUCAUUUGUUAUAUAUCAGUAAUGUUAUAUAUUGAAAAGGACAUAUAUUAUCGAAUUUCUAAUAAAACUUCAAGUCCUAUAUUUCAUAG